GUGCGACCGGUUCGUUCUUCGCAUUCGGCACAGUGUGCUUUACCUUUAAAGGCCAGGUUCACCCACGACCUGAUAAAGCGCGAUUCUCUCGCCAAAAAAAAAGAAAAAAAAAGUUCGUGAAUAAAACCCCUCGCGCGAUAUAUUUUAUUCAACGUUCACAAACCCCCUUUCGCCUCUCACGACUGGAAAGUUCACACCCAAAAUUGACUUAUCGAGUGCCACACGACAUCGUUUCUUUUUUCAAAUUCAAAUUCUCUCUCAGUGACCACGCUUCUUUUUUUUUCUCCCUCUUGGGAGUAUUUUACGAAUAAAAACAAACUUUUUCAAUUCGAAAUAAUAAGAAAAUUUACAAAUUGUCAUUAAUUGAGAAAAAGAAGUUGAUUCGAAAACAAAAAUAAAAAAUGUUUGGAAAAGUUUUGAAUAGGGAAAAUAAAUCAAAUAUUGUGACAGAGAUGAUAAUUAAAAGAUGAGAAAGAGAGAAACAAUAGAAAGUAGAAGACAUAAAGAUAACAAGAAACGUGGGGAACAAAUUGAAAUCAGAAAUGUCGAGAAAUUCUCAAUUUAAUGAAGCGUUUAAUUAUUAUCAUCAUCAUCAACGAUGAUAUUUUUCCUAUAGACAAAAUUCAACCAAUACCAUCACCGCACUGAGAGUCCAGUUUAUGAGGAAAUAGUGGAAUCAGCAACAGGACUGGGGUUAUCAGCGAGAUGGAGAUUUGAUGGCGUAAUCAAAAGUUAUAGCUCUAACCAAAGUGCAUCAGCAUUAGUAUAGCACACGGCGCGAUUAUGAAAUCGAUUCCAGAUAUAUACAAUGUUACAUAGGGAGUGAACAAAUUCAAAUAAUAAUUAUAAUCUUAUAUGUGUUUCGCGCUUUUAAUGAAUUCAUUUUCUUUUGAAUUUUAAUCAGUUUUUUUUAUUUUCAUUUUUUUUGAAAGAAAAUUUGUAUAUAAAAAAAAAAGGGGGGAAGAGAUUGUAGGGAGAAAACGAGUUAAUAUAAAAAGAAAGUAGCGGAAAACUGAUGCAUCCUCUGGCACCCUUGUGAGAAGUUUGAGGGGUGCAACGAGCGCGAGCAUAUAAAAGGGGGAGACAAGCGAAAAGGAAGAAGAAGCAUUCAGUGUCGCAAUCGCAGAAUGGAGGAAGAAAAAUCGACACGCUAAGGAGCCACUAGCUGCAGCUGCAGCUGCGGCGACUGCACAUGCAGCGGUCCCUGCAACUGCGGCCAAUUGCAGCGCCAAGUGAUAUCGACGCUUCACGAAAAAAGCAAUGCAGAACGUUGCCGGCGAAUAUUAUCAACGAGCGCCAAGAUGUUGUCCGAAUCGCUCGGCACCGGACAGAAUCAAACUUUCCAACACUGGUCGUGGCGCGGAAUUGCUUUGCUGUUGUUGCAGCUGCAGCAACUCCCCGUCAACAAAAACGCCGGGAUUUCUUGCGAGCCUCGGCGUUUGCAUCCUUGUACUUGGUUACACGUUACUCGGAGCUUUCGCCUUCAUGGCCCUUGAGGGCGGACUCAAGUCGGAGCCACCGACUGAGAUAGUGUCAUCGUCAAACCAGAAACCCGACGCCUCAGGAAGUGGUGGGUUAUCGUCGUCGUCGUCAUCAACUUCGUCCUCAUCCUCAUCAUCAGCAGCAGCAUCAUCAGGAUCAUCAUCAUCAUCAUCAUCAUCCUCGUCGCCUUCUCCGUCUUCGCUAGUUCCAAUUCUUGAAGAGGAUAACACAGUGGUACAACUGAGAGCACAAACUGUCGAGAGGCUUUGGAGUUUGACCGAAGAUUUAAACGUCCUCUACAAGGAGAAUUGGACUCGAUUGGCCGCGCACGAAGUCCUCAAGUUUCAGGAGAGUCUGGCACGUGAUUUGAGGAGUCCUCUUUCGCAUUCUGUGUACGAAUCCGUCAUACCAACACGACGCCGAGAUCUUCACGAGAAGCGAUCACACUUACGGCGAUGGACCUUCAGUAGCAGCCUCCUUUACUCUCUCACGCUUAUCACAACAAUCGGAUACGGUAGUGUCGCACCACGUACAGUUUGGGGCAAAUUAAUCACGAUUGUCUACGCCCUUGCCGGUAUUCCAUUAAUGUUGGUCUAUUUGAGCACAGUGGGAGAUGUCCUGGCAAGAAGCUUUCGUAGACUUUACGGUCGAAUCUGUCGACCUCGAAGUUGUGCGCGAAAGCAGCAGCCACCACCGCCACCGCCGCCAGUGUCAGGUGUCAUGGGAAAAGCAUAUCGCUACGACAACCACGUCGAGACAAAGGGAGCUGGAAACUUUUAUGCGCCAAGUAAAGAGAGUUCUUGUGACGAUCUUGGCACUCGUAGCACCGGAAGUGCGAUUUUACUCGAUUGUGGAAGCGAGGGUCUUCUUCAUCCGACGACAAGUUCCACCAUAGCCCUCCAGGAGUCCUACAACAAUGGAAAGAGACAUUACUAUCCAUGUACACUUUCGUUGAAUUCAUCGACAACUUGUGCCAACGAUUUGAAUAAUCCGGUGAAAGUGCCAAUAACUCUUUGUCUAUUAAUAAUAAUUGUGUACAUAUGCGGCGGAGCAGUGAUGUUUAAUCGCCUCGAGGGUUGGACACUUUUGGAAGGUGGUUAUUUCUGCUUCACCAGUCUUGGUACAAUAGGAUUUGGCGAUUUAUUGCCAGCUGGCAAGAAUGCCCAAAAUCCUACACUCGAAGAAUUAAGUCUAUGCGCCUGCUGCUUGUACAUUCUUGCUGGAAUGGGAUUGAUCGCCAUGUGCUUCAAUUUGGUACAAGAAGAGGUGGUACGCGCGGUCAGAGUCUUUGGUAAAUCUUGUGGAAUGUCGAGCGGGAUGAUGGUCAGCGGCCAGAUAGGAGGUUCAGGCGGUGGAAACGGCGUCAAAUCCGAGCCAGAUGGUGGCCUUGGAGCAUCAACAGAUUCAAGAUUAUCGGAGCAGAAUGACGAGGCAAUCGCAAUGUCAGUGGUGUCGACUUCCUGACAACAGCCAACCAGGA